CUACAAGCACGGAGAAAGGGGCUGCAGUGCAUAUGAACUCGAAGACUUGAACCAACUAACGCAAUGAAAUAGAAACAAGACAAAGAGAAAUUUCGCACGGAAUGUUAAUCUUCAUACUGCGUUCUGUCGAUGCAACAUUUUCAGCGAUAAGUACAUAACAAAGUAUGAUUUUAUGAGAAUCAGUCAAUGCGAUGCAAUAGUAAUAUGUAGCAGUAAUUGUUUACAUUUUGAUCAACUUCAACAUUCUCCCUUUCUCCUGGAGAAGUCAAAUUACUCGUUGAUUUUUUACCACAAAAGAAGUGAUAGGCGCAAUUUUUUUAAAGCGUGGUUAUGUUUUGACAGUUGUAAAAGCAGCCAAACUUUAUUAAGAUUAACUAACGUAUUUUCAAAAAGGACUCAUCGACAGAAGAAUGAAUUGGAGACGGUUAACGGAGCUGUUGCUCCUAAUAUUUGUGUGCGCGCACAGAUCGUCCUCAAAACAAGACACGAAACCUGAGGCAUGGCUGCAGCAAUACGGUUACUUGCCACCUGGUGAUCUCCGCACACAUACGGCCCGCUCUCCUCACUCCGUCUCCUCUGCCAUUGCUGCCAUGCAGAGAUUCUACGGCCUGAAAGUCACCGGCAACCUGGAUCCUGGUACUCUAGAGGCAAUGAAGAAACCCCGCUGUGGCGUCCCAGACAAGUUCGGAACUGAACUGAAAAGCAACCUGAGAAAGAAACGCUAUGCAAUCCAGGGACUCAAAUGGGACAAAAAUGAGAUUACAUUCUGCAUACAGAACUACACACCAAAAGUUGGGGAAUACGAGACGUUUGAGGCGAUCAGAAAAGCCUUUAAAGUGUGGGAAAGCAUUACUCCUUUGAGAUUCCGAGAGAUCCCUUACAACGACAUCAGAGAUAAGGUUGAAAACUUUGCUGACAUCAUGCUCUUCUUCGCUGAUGGUUUCCAUGGCGACCCCAGUCCGUUUGAUGGCGAGGGAGGCUUUUUGGCUCAUGCUUACUUCCCAGGCAAUGGCAUAGGAGGAGACACACACUUCGAUGCAGCAGAGCCUUGGACCAUCGGCAAUCGUGACCUUUUGGGUAAUGAUGUGUUCCUGGUGGCUGUGCAUGAAUUGGGUCACGCCCUGGGAAUGGAACAUUCGAAUGACCCCUCGGCCAUCAUGGCUCCCUUCUACCAGUGGAUGGACACUGACAACUUUGAGCUUCCUGAAGAUGACCGUAGAGGCAUUCAGCAGCUUUAUGGACCAAAUACCGGAGGCCGUCCGCGGCCACCUGUCACCCCACGGACCCCCCACCACACUCCAUAUCCCACACCAUACAGGCCCGGAGGACCUAGUUUUGGUCCCGACAUCUGCGAAGGCCAUUUUGACACCAUCGGCAUUUUCAGAGGAGAAAUGUUUGUGUUUAAGGAUAAGUGGUUCUGGCGCGUUCGUAAUAAUCAGGUUAUGGAAAAUUACCCCAUGCCAAUUGGACAUUUCUGGAGAGGUCUCCCUACAAAUCUGAAUGCUGCCUACGAAAGAGAAGAUGGGAAAUUUGUCUUCUUUAAAGGGGAUAGGCAUUGGGUGUUCACUGAAUCGAACUUGGAGUCAGGUUACCCCAAGACUCUGAGAGAAAUGGGCAGUGGUCUUCCAAAGGACAAACUAGAUGCAGCCCUCCUGUACACCCCUACUGGUUACACCUACUAUUUCAGAGGAAACAAAUAUUAUCGUUACAAUGAAGACACGCAGUCAGUGGAUCCAGACUACCCCAAACCUAUGAAUAAAUGGCAAGGCGUUCCAGACAACAUAAAGGCUGCAUUCAUGAGUCGAGAUCAAAGUUAUACCUACUUCUACAAAGCCAAUAAGUACUGGAAGUUUAACAACCAGUUAUUAAGAGUGGAACCUGGAUACCCCAAGUCUGCACUUAAGGAUUGGAUGGGCUGUCCUAACGAGGACUCCAAUACAGGUGGUGGUGGAGGAAGUGACCGUGAUCGUGAACGUGAGCGCGAAAGAGAACGUGAAAGAGAACGUGAAAGGGAGCGCGAACGGGAGCGUGAACGUGACCGCACACGCGAGGAAGACAAGACUGAGGAAGAAGGCAAAAAGGAGGAGACAGAGGUGAUCAUAAUCGAGGUUGAAGACGCACCCAGCAGCGGGGGAGGAGCGGCUGCUGUCGUGGUGCCACUCAUGUUGCUGGUCUGCGUGAUCCUUACGCUCGGAGCACUUCUCUUCUUCCGCAGAUACGGCACACCGAGACGUUUGCUCUACUGCCAACGCUCCCUACUGGACAAGGUUUAAAUGUUUAAGAAGAGAUAAUGGAGGGAAGGGGAGGGGAGGAGAGGAGAGGAGAGGAGAG